ACAAGGGACGGUAUCAGCCAAUCACAGAGCGCGUCAGCGCCGUCACGUUCUCCAUUACCCAAUGACAGACGGGCUGACAAGCUGCCUCUAGCGACCAAUCAGAGCAGGGCUUAUGUUUUGGCUCGAGUUUUGAAUACGGUUGAUGGCCGCUGGUGAAGCCGUGUGUUGGAUGAGUGGCACCUGCCGGCAGUAGUGGUCCUGGCGCCUCCGCCCGCGCCGCACUCCUCUGACGGGUAACUACGUGUGACACACCGCGGGGCUCUGCUCUGGCUUCUUCUCCAUACCGGAAUAAUCUAGAACAUGCACCACCAAGAGCCCUAAACUUGGUUUGGAGAGUCGUUGCAUCACAUACAGGAGUGUGUCAACUUCCGUGUUGCUGAUACACCAUCAUGACUGACAACAGCAUCUUGGCACCUGCCGGCGGCAGGAGUCUGCUUGCUGACUCUUCUGUUUUCGAUACCAAAAUUGCAGAGACUUCAAAAGAAAAUUUAUUUACAGGCACAGCAGAUGUGGAUGAAGAUAUGCCACAGGUAGAGACCAGAGUGGUUCUAGUACAGGAUGCGGGAAGAAAUGAAUCGAUAUUAAAAGCUCUCGAGGGAAUCAAGCAUCCUUACGUCACAACAGAGUCUGUGGAGGAGUAUGCCGAUGCGGAUGCACCAGAAUUUGAGAACGUAUUUGUGAUAUCCGAUUUCCAGCACCCGUCAUUUCGAUACCUAUAUAAGGCUGACUGCAGAGUGCUGGGCCCUCCGAUCGUCUUGUAUUGUGCUCAGAAAGGAGAGCCUUUGCCAUUCACUUCCCGGCCUUUGUAUUGUGCAAGCAUGUUGAAUCUAGUCCUGUGCUUUACUGGCUUCAGAAAAAAGGAAGAACUGGUAAAGCUGGUGACCUUGGUCCACCAUAUGGGAGGAACCAUCCGAAAAGACUUCAGCUCGAAAGUGACACAUCUUGUUGCUAAUUCUACUCAUGGAGAUAAAUUUAGGGUUGCUGUCAGUCUCGGAACUCCAAUUAUGAAGGCUGACUGGAUAUUAAAGGCAUGGGAAAAAAGGAAUGAAUUAGAGUUCAGUGCAACCAAUGAGGAGUUCAAGAGUGAAUUCAAGGUAUCACCAUUUCAGGACUGCAUAUUAAGUUUUCUUGGCUUUUCGGAAGAAGACCGGGUCAGCAUGGAAGAAAUGACAGUAAUGCAAGGGGGGCAGUUUUUACCUGUUGGGGACGAAAAGUGUACUCAUCUAGUUGUUGAAGAAAAUUCUGUCAAAGAAUUGCCCUUUGAGCCUCCAAAAAAACUGUAUGUGGUGAAGCAAGAGUGGUUUUGGGGAAGUAUACAGAUGGAUGCUAGGGCUGGAGAAACAAUCUACCUCUUUGAAAAGCAUGAAAGCCCAGCACUCAAAAAGUCGGUGUCAUUACUUUCAUUAAAUACUCCAAGUAGUAACCGCAAGAAACGCAGAUUGAAAGAUACUCUAGCACAGAUAACCAGAGAAACGGAUAUUUCACCAUUUCCACCUCGAAAACGUCCUUCAGCAGAACAUUCAUUGUCUAUUGGAUCAUUGCUUGACAUCUCAAACACACCAGAGUCUACAAAAUCUAUUUCAGAUACUCCCAGAAUUUCUUCGAAAUCUUCCAAGUUCUCCACACCUGCACCCCAGAAGCAGUCAGCAAGAUGGCAGGUGGCAAUGGAACUAUAUCAAACAGAGAGCAACUAUGUUGACAUUCUUACCACCAUAGUACAGCUCUUUCAGGUUCCCCUAGAAAUGGAGGGACAGGUAGGGGGGCCACUUCUUGCUCCAGAAGAAAUCAAGACAAUUUUUGGAAGCAUACCAGAUAUUUUGGACGUACACACAAAGAUAAAGGAUGACCUGAAAAAAAUGAUGAUGGACUGGGCAGAAACCAAAAGUGUUGGAGAUGUAAUUCUCAGUUAUUCAAAGGAUUUGGUGAAAAUCUAUCCACCAUUUGUAAAUUUCUUUGAAAUGAGUAAGGAAACAAUCAUAAAGUGUGAGAGGCUGAAGCCAAGGUUCCACGCAUUUCUUAAGAUUAAUCAAGCAAAACCUGAAUGCGGGAGGCAAACAUUAGUUGAAUUGAUGAUUCGCCCUGUUCAAAGAUUGCCAAGUGUUGCUCUUCUAUUAAAUGAUCUAAAGAAACAUACUUCUGAAGACAAUCCAGAUAAGGUGAUGCUUGAGAAAGCUAUUGAGUCAUUAAAAGAAGUAAUGACUCACAUUAAUGAAGAUAAAAGGAAAACUGAAGGGCAGCGACAAAUCUUUGAUGUGGUCUAUGAAGUGGAUGGAUGUCCUGCAAAUCUGUUAUCUUCCCAUAGGAUGCUGGUACAGAGAGUGGAAACUGUAGCUCUCGGGGAAGAUCUCUGUGACAGGGGAGAACAAGUCACACUCUUUCUAUUUAAUGACUGCCUUGAGAUUGCAAGAAAGCGGCAUAAAGUUAUUGGUGCCUUCAAGAGCCCUCAUGGACAAACAAGACCCCCUGCAUCUCUGAAGCAUAUUAGCUUGAUGCCUUUGUCACAGAUCAAGAAAGUUCUUGAUAUCCGGGAAACUGAAGAAUGCCAUAAUGCAUUUGCAUUGCUAGUGCGACCUCCAACAGAACAGGCAAACCAGUUAUUUAGCUUCCAGCUGACAACUGAGGAGCUUCCGAAGGUGGAUUGGCUGAAGAUGUUAUGCCGGCACAUAGCCAACACUAUUUGUAAAGCAGAUGCUGAAAAUUUGAUUUAUACUACUGAUCCCGAUUCAUUAGAAGUGAACACAAAAGAUGUGGAUAGUACAUUGAGCAGAGCAUCGAGAGCCAUAAAGAAAACUUCCAAGAAAGUUACAAGAGCAUUUUCUUUCUCAAAAACACCCAAGAGAGCCCUGCAGAGGGCGCUGAUGGUACAUAAUACUCCUGAUGCUAGGAGUCCUGGUCCAAGCACAGAGGGAUUUGCAAGCAGUCGCAUGCCAAGUACCACCUCUCUAGCAUAUUUGAACCUCCACAAUCUUUAUUUAUUCCUUGUAAAAUUUGUGAGACUACACGUCCAUAUGAAUUUUUUUGAAGACUGCCAUGGAGAAAACAAGAUCAAUAGUGAGAUUAUUCGUUGUUCCUCUACAUUCAACAUAAAUGGACCUUCUAAACACAACAGUGUUCAACGAUCUAAUUCCCUUGAUGGGAACUCACAGAGUCCUAGGUCCUGUGGUAUAUUGGGCUCUUUGUCUCGCUCUUUGAAAGGAGAAGCAAGCCUGUCUACCCCUCAGUUAUGUCCUACUAGUCAGCUGGGUGAAACACACUUUAUUCCCAAAAUUGUUACUUCAGAAUAUACAGGACAGAAUACCCAGAGCACAGACUCUUUGUGCAGCAAGAAGUCUAUGAUAAUUCCAUCAGAGUCCUCGCUGUGAACCACAAACCUGCUAUGUCCCUUCUCCUUCAAUGGUGAACCUGUUUGAAAGAAAGUACCACACAGUCAGUCGUUCAACAACUCAUCUCAUCUGAAGAAUAAAGCCCAUUAUUAUUAUUGGUAUAACUGACUAAAGCAGCCCGGCUGUUGUUAAAGACUUUCGUUCUAGUAUGGUACUUCGCAGUAGCACUUCAAUGACGACGGACUUGAUUUUGAAAUAUGUUGAAUAAUGUGCUCCACCCAAGUGCAAAGCAAAGGCUUCAUUUGUAUAAAGAGCAAAGAUUGAUAAUCUUUAAUGUUGUGUCUGUGUAUUAUAAAUGUUUGUUUUAGCCAUGAGCGUUGCAUGUAGGACUACUUGUAAGUCACUUAAGUGUAAAGCCGUGGCUUACUUUCAUCUCUGAUUUUGGUAAAGUUUCACAGUCUAUAGAUUGAGACGAUCAUGAUAUCCAUUUAUUUUAUUGGUUCUUUAGUGAAUAAACAAUCUACUGGAUGACCUCUUACAUUGCCUACCAGGGAAUUUGAGUAUUGCAGGCUGAGGUCAAGUAAUCAUGACCUCUUAAAUGUCAUAAGCAAGACUUUGAGGUUGUUGUCCUGUGAGAGUAUGUCCACAUAAAAUAGCUGGACAGAAUUUAACGCCUGAAGAUCAACUUAUUUUGGUCAUGUGGUCACAAGUUGGCCAGGCGUAGAGCUUCUUUUAUUGUACUUGGCAUAUUUGAAGCAUAUCUUGACUGUCAUACCUGUUUAAUCCUCUUUGUACAUGUCUGUUCAGUGCAUGGGGGACAUGCUGAGAAAUGGCAGAAGCAAAGGUCUUGAAAUAGAAGAAAUUCGCUUUUGAAACUCUGUCCUGCACCAAAGAAAAGUCAGGUUUGAGACACUACAUACAACAGAGAUUUCUCAAGUUUUAUGUUCAUAUUGGACUGAGUAUUCCACAUCUACAAUAGAAUGUUCUUCCCAUCCUUUUGCUGGCUAUAGCCCUAUUUUUUUUUUUUUUUUGGGCUUUUGUCAUGCUUUUGUAAAUAACUUGCAAAUCACAAUUAAUAAAAAUAAUAGAACAUGACCAGGGACCCCUGCAGUAUCUGUAAAGUACAAUGCAUUGGUUGUUUGUUUUAAUAUUUAAGGAGGAAGGGUUAAGACAACAUUGAAAGUGCUUUGAUUUUGUUUUAACCAGUCACGUAUAUUUAUUUGUAGUGCAUUUGUUUCAUGCAGGGAAAUUGUGGUCUCUGUUGGUUAUGUGUACUAACACUACUAUUCAAAGUAUAAUUGUAUUGUUUUAGGAUAGGAAGUUUGGUAGGUCAAAUUUCAGCUGCUCAGCGACUCCUAUAAAAAUAUAAUGUAUUAGGAAAAAAAGCAAGUCACUAUUUUUUAAACGGUUUGUGUUCACAGCUACAGUAACUUGUAUGUAAAUAAAUUGCUAAACUGAUGGCUUUCAUUGCUGGCAUG